GCGGGGUUAGAUGCGUUCGUGUGUCACGGGGGAGGGAGGAGAAAAGGGAGGGGAGAGUAAGGGAGCGCGCGCGAGAGAGCGCGCUGUGAGCGAGAAGGGCGGGCGGGAGGCGGAUCCUCCUACCUGGGGCGCUCUCGCCUGCUCGCAGCUCGCUUGCCGCGGCCGCGAGUCACCUGGGGAGGCGGACAAGUGCGGACACAUUGGCCGCCGCGGUACACCGCGAGGCGCGCACGGCCCCAGGCGGCUGAGCCCAGUUGAGGCAGCGUCCGCCCACCCACCCGCCCGCUGCGCCGGGUACCGGCCUGCGCUCGCAGAGCCCCACGGUCACUCCGCUGGGCUCCGAGGUCGAGGUUCCCCGCCCGGGUCACUUCCCCGGGCGCACGGGGCGGCUGCGGCGCCCUGGGCUCACCAUGGUGGCAACGCGUGCCGGGUGCCCGCGCGUCGCCCGCCGCCCGAGCCGCAGCGCCGGCUGAGCGUGGUCCUCCCACAGCCCCCUGGCCCCUGCCUGGCCCCUGCCCGCCCGCGCGUCCCCUUCGGCCGCAGCUGUCUAUGGCGCAGCCCCCCUCCCUGGAUCAUGCACAGAAACUUUCGAAAGUGGAUCUUUUACGUGUUUCUCUGCUUUGGCGUCCUCUACGUGAAGCUCGGAGCACUGUCGUCCGUGGUGGCCCUAGGAGCCAACAUCAUCUGCAACAAGAUUCCUGGCCUGGCCCCACGGCAGCGCGCCAUCUGCCAGAGCCGACCCGAUGCCAUCAUUGUGAUCGGGGAGGGGGCGCAGAUGGGCAUCAAUGAGUGCCAGCACCAGUUCCGAUUCGGCCGCUGGAACUGCUCCGCCCUGGGCGAGAAGACCGUCUUCGGGCAAGAGCUCCGAGUAGGGAGUCGUGAAGCUGCCUUCACAUAUGCCAUCACUGCAGCAGGCGUGGCACAUGCUGUCACCGCUGCCUGCAGCCAGGGCAACCUGAGCAACUGUGGCUGUGACCGUGAGAAGCAAGGUUACUACAACCAGGCAGAAGGCUGGAAGUGGGGAGGCUGCUCAGCUGAUGUGCGCUACGGCAUUGACUUUUCCCGGCGAUUUGUGGAUGCCCGUGAGAUCAAAAAGAACGCCAGGCGCCUCAUGAACCUGCACAACAAUGAGGCAGGCAGAAAGGUUCUGGAGGACCGCAUGAAGCUUGAAUGUAAGUGUCACGGUGUGUCGGGCUCAUGUACCACUAAGACCUGCUGGACCACGCUGCCCAAGUUCCGUGAGGUGGGCCAUCUGCUCAAGGAGAAAUACAACGCAGCUGUACAGGUAGAGGUGGUGCGUGCCAGCCGUCUGCGCCAGCCCACCUUCCUGCGCAUCAAGCAGCUGCGCAGCUACCAGAAGCCCAUGGAGACGGACCUGGUGUACAUUGAGAAGUCGCCCAACUACUGCGAAGAGGACGCAGCCACGGGCAGCGUGGGUACGCAGGGCCGCCUGUGCAACCGCACCUCUCCCGGCGCCGAUGGCUGCGACACUAUGUGCUGUGGCCGUGGCUACAACACGCACCAGUACACCAAGGUGUGGCAGUGCAACUGCAAAUUCCACUGGUGUUGCUUCGUCAAGUGCAACACAUGCAGCGAGCGCACCGAGGUCUUCACAUGCAAGUGAGGCUGCGGUGCAGGCGCACACGGCGCCGGCCCACCCCGUGGCCCUCGACAUUUUGCACAUCCUUUUCUUCCGGAGCUGCCAGCUGUGGGCACAGGAGGGUAGAGUUGGGGAUAGGGAGCUCGGGGUACUCCAGGCUCCGCCCUACCUGCUGUGUCACCUCCAGAGGCACACAGUGCCCU